AUGGCAUCAAUGAAUCAGACAUUAGUCACUGAAUUCCUUAUAAAAGCAUUUUCAGAAAUUCCUCAUCUCCAGUCCUCGUUCUUUGUCUUUUUCCUCUCCCUCUACACAGUGGCCCUUUCAGGAAACAUCCUCAUCUUUAUUACAAUAAGUUUUAAUAUGGCAUUGCACACACCAAUGUACUUCUUCCUGAUUAAUUUAGCCAUGGUCGAUGUCCUCUGCACUUCCACAAUUCUUCCGAAAUUACUAGAGAACCUGAUGGGUGGGAAGACUAUUUCCUAUGAAGGAUGCAUGGCCCAGUUAUUCUUUUUCACUUGGUCUUUAGGGGCUGAGUUGCUUCUCUUUACAGCUAUGGCUUAUGAUCGAUAUGUGGCCAUCUGCCACCCACUUCACUACAGCACCAUGAUGAGUAAAAAGGUUUGUAUGCUGUUAGCCAUUAGUGUUUGGAUAAUCAGCAUCAUCAACACUAGUGUCCACACUGGCCUAAUGAUAAAACUGUCUUUUUGCCAUUCUAAUGUAAUUAACCACUUUUUCUGUGAGAUACCUCCUUUACUGAAGCUCUCCUGUAGCCCUACGAACCUUAAUGAAAUUAUGGCCUUCAUAGCAGAUGUAUUCCUAGCUCUGGGAAAUUUCCUGAUCACGAUGCUCUCCUAUGCCUGCAUUAUCUCCAGCAUCCUGAAAAUCCGUACCACUGAGGGAAAAAAGAGAGCCUUCUCUACCUGUUCUUCCCACCUCAUUGUGGUUAGUAUGUAUUAUAGCACUGUAAUUUACACCUAUAUCCGACCAUCUUCCAGCUACUCAUUGGAUAAAGAUAAAUUUGUGUCUGUGAUAUACACUUCAAUGGCUCCCACCCUCAACCCUCUCAUUUACACCUUGAGGAACAAAGAAGUCAAAGUGGGUCUCAAGAAAUUAUUCUCUUUCUUCAGCAGAUGA